AUGGACCCAGUUGCUGCCCACAGCUGCCACCUUCUCCAGCAGCUGCACGAGCAGCGGAUUCAAGGCCUGCUCUGCGACUGUAUGUUGGUGGUGAAAGGAGUCUGCUUUAAAGCCCAUAAGAACGUUCUAGCAGCUUUCAGCCAGUACUUUAGGAGCCUUUUUCAGAACUCUUCAGGCCAGAAGAAUGAUGUUUUUCAUUUGGAUAUUAAGAAUGUGAGCGGCAUCGGGCAGAUCCUGGACUUCAUGUACACGUCACAUCUGGAUCUUAACCAGGACAACAUCCAAGUCAUGCUGGACACAGCCCAGUGUUUGCAGGUUCAGAACGUCCUCAAUCUGUGUCACACCUUUUUGAAGUCAGCCACCGUCGACCAGCCUCCAGGCCUGCCCUGUCACGGCACCUUCUCCCUGCAGAGCACCCUGACUCCCGACACGAACUGUGUCCUCAAUGAAAACUACCCGCCUCACUUGCUGCCCGAGUGCUCCACGGGCGUCCAGCAGGGCAGGGCCGUGGACGAGUUACACUCUCACACUCCAGCCUCAGUUGGUCUUCAUCCCCCCACGGCCGAAACCUCCAAACAAGCCCCUGACCCGUUCGAUGGCAGCUGCACAGAACUGCCUUUCAAACAGCCCAACUGUUACUACAAGCUCAGAAACUUGUACAGUAAGCAGUACUAUAAACACGCUGGCUGUCCCAGUCAUGAGCGCGUGACCGAGCAGCCUUUCACUUUCAGCACCUCUGCGGACCUUCACGCCGCGGAUCGCCAGCCCUGUGCGGUCAGCCACACUGAGUGUGUCCUGGAGUCCUCCCAGCACCUGCCUUCCAACUUCCUGGCCCAGCCUUUGGGUGAAAAUGCCCCAGACACCAUGUCCGACCACGCCGGCCAGCAGCCUACCCGGCAGAUGAGGCUCAAGAAGGCCGUCCACCUUAAGAAGCUCAACUUCCUAAAGUCACAGAAAUCUGCAGAGCAAACCUCUGAACCGAAACCUGAUGAUAGUUUAACCAAGAGGCUGGAAGCUGCCAGGGAACACACUGUGGAGAAAGUGAACAGCCCCAGCGCUGAAGAAAAGGAAAGUGAGGAACUCAGCAGUUCUGAGAACUUUAAUGGCGUGAGUGAGAUGGAGAGGCCCGAAGACCCCGAGGCCCUGGAAGACCAGACCCAGAUGCCACAGUCACAGAGACAGUACGCGUGUGAAUUGUGUGGGAAACCUUUUAAACACCCCAGCAAUUUGGAGCUGCACAGACGGUCUCAUACAGGUGAGAAACCUUUUGAAUGUAACAUUUGUGGGAAACACUUCUCUCAGGCGGGUAACUUGCAGACUCACUUACGUCGGCAUUCUGGGGAGAAGCCGUACAUCUGCGAGAUCUGCGGGAAGAGGUUUGCAGCCUCGGGAGAUGUCCAGCGUCACAUUAUCAUCCACUCAGGAGAAAAGCCACACUUGUGUGACAUCUGUGGUCGAGGGUUCAGUAACUUCAGUAAUUUGAAGGAGCACAAAAAGACGCACACGGCUGACAAAGUCUUCACCUGCGAUGAGUGUGGGAAGUCUUUCAACAUGCAGAGGAAGUUGGUAAAGCACAGAAUCCGGCACACGGGUGAGCGGCCUUACAGCUGCUCAGCUUGUGGGAAGUGUUUCGGAGGGUCGGGCGACCUCCGCAGGCACGUGCGCACGCACACCGGGGAGAAGCCGUACACGUGCGACGUGUGUAACAAGUGCUUCACCCGCUCGGCCGUGCUGCGGCGGCAUAAGAAGACGCACUGCCGGGCUGGCGACGAGGGGCCAGACGCCCUGGAGGCGCUCGCGCGGGCCAUCGAGGCCCCAGACCUGGAGCGGUCCCAGAGCUCGGACUCCUUCUCCCAGGACUUGUCCGUGCCUCUGAUGCCCGCCGUGACCGUCAAAAUCCCCGCGCACCCGGCAGACGAGGACACGGUGGCGGAGUUUGACAGCCCCUGUAAGUUCCGGCCGGUGGCUCAGCCCCCGCACGGGCCGAGCGAGCCCGAGAAGCUCAGCCUGGAGCCAGUGAAGCUGGCCAAGCCCCCGCACGUGCCGCCGGCGCAGCACCAGGCCUACGGCUACCCGGACGUGGACGCCCCGGCCAGCGCCGAGCCGCUGCAGGCCGACGGCGUGGCUGCCCUGCGCUCGUCCCUGGCGGCCCUGGACCAUACCCCCUGCUCCGACCCUCUGGGCAGCCGCGCCGCCGCCCCCGCCUACAGGAACUCAGAGGGCCAGUUCUUCUCCAGCAUGACCCUCUGGGGACUGGCGAUGAAGACGCUGCAGAACGAAAGCGAGCUAGACCAGUGA